AUGAUCCUAGACUGGGGUACACCACCUUCUGUCUAUAGUCCAAGAUAUGUGCAACUCUACUGUGUUGUUACAGUGGCUGUGUUGACGGAAGUGUACGGUGUCAAGAAGCCCCCAGCAACUGUAACGAAGUGUACAUCCCAGUGUGUGACCAUGUCCCCAGACUGGGUGGCUGUAUUGACGGGAGUGCACGGUGUCAAGAAGUGUCCCAGCAACUGUAACGAAGUGUACGUCCCAGUGUGUGGCCAUGACCCCAGACUGGGGUACACCACCUUCUUGGCUGUAUUGACGGGAGUGCACGGUGUCAAGAAGUGUCCCAGCAACUGUAACGAAGUGUACGUCCCAGUGUGUGGCCAUGACCCCAGACUGGGGUACACCACCUUCUUGGCUGUGUUGACGGGAGUGCACGGUGUCAAGAAGUGUCCCAGCAACUGUAACGAAGUGUACAUCCCAGUGUGUGACCAUGACCCCAGACUGGGGUACACCACCUUCUUGGCUGUGUGGACGGGAGUGUACGGUGUCAAGAAGUGUCCCAGCAACUGUAACGAAGUGUACAUCCUAGUGAGUGGCUAUGACCCCAGACUGGGGUACACCACCUUCUUGGCUGUGUUGACGGGAGUGCACGGUGUCAAGAAGUGUCCCAGCAACUGUAACGAAGUGUACAUCCCAGUGUGUGGCCAUGACCCCAGACUGGGGUACACCACCUUCUUGGCUGUGUUGACGGGAGUGCACGGUGUCAAGAAGUGUCCCAGCAACUGUAACGAAGUGUACAUCCCAGUGUGUGGCCAUGACCCCAGACUGGGGUACACCACCUUCUUGGCUGUGUUGACGGGAGUGCACGGUGUCAAGAAGUGUCCCAGCAACUGUAACGAAGUGUACAUCCCAGUGUGUGGCCAUGACCCCAGACUGGGGUACACCACCUUCUUGGCUGUGUUGACGGGAGUGCACGGUGUCAAGAAGUGUCGCAGCAACUUGGCUGUGUUGACGGGAGUGCACGGUGUCAAGAAGUGUCCCAGCAACUGUAACGAAGUGUACAUCCCAGUGUGUGGCCAUGACCCCAGACUGGGUGGCUGUGUGGACGGGAGUGUACGGUGUCAAGUCAAGAAGUGUCUCAGCAACUCUACAGUGGCUGUGUUGACGGGAGUGCACGGUGUCAAGAAGUGUCCCAGCAACUGUAACGAAGUGUACAUCCUAGUGAGUGGCCAUGACCCCAGACUGGGGUACACCACCUUCUUGGCUGUGUUGACGGGAGUGCACGGUGUCAAGAAGUGUCCCAGCAACUUGGCUGUGUUGACGGGAGUGCACGGUGUCAAGAAGUGUCCCAGCAACUGUAACGAAGUGUACAUCCCAGUGUGUGGCCAUGACCCCAGACUGGGGUACACCACCUUCUUGGCUGUGUUGACGGGAGUGCACGGUGUCAAGAAGUGUCGCAGCAACUUGGCUGUGUUGACGGGAGUGCACGGUGUCAAGAAGUGUCCCAGCAACUGUAACGAAGUGUACAUCCCAGUGUGUGGCCAUGUCCCCAGACUGGGGUACACCACCUUCUGUCUACAGUCCAAGAUAUUGGCUGUGUUGACGGGAGUGCACGGUGUCAAGAAGUGUCGCAGCAACUUGGCUGUGUUGACGGGAGUGCACGGUGUCAAGAAGUGUCGCAGCAACUUGGCUGUGUUGACGGGAGUGCACGGUGUCAAGAAGUGUCGCAGCAACUGUAACGAAGUGUACAUCCCAGUGUGUGGCCACGAUCCUAGACUGGGGUACACCACCUUCUUGGCUGUGUUGACGGAAGUGUACGGUGUCAAGAAGUGUCGCAGCAACUGUAACGAAGUGUACAUCCCAGUGUGUGGCCACGAUCCUAGACUGGGGUACACCACCUUUGUCUAUAGUCCAAGAUAUGUACAACUCUACUGUGUUGUUACAGUGGCUGUGUUGACGGGAGUGCACGGUGUCAAGAAGUGUCGCAGCAACUGUAACGAAGUGUACAUCCCAGUGUGA